AUGGAUGGGCUCUGCUCGGGUAACUGGCAACAGAUCCAAGCACACGGUCUGCAUGUCGGUCUUCCCGAAGGUUUAAUGGGCAAUUCUGAAGUGGGACAUCUUAACAUUGGUGCCGGUCGCGUUGUCUAUCAGGAUAUUGUUCGUAUCAAUUUGGCCGUAAAGAAUAAAACGCUCGUUCAAAACCAGACAUUGAAGGAUGCAGCUGAACGUGCGAUCAAAGGAAAUGGACGUAUUCAUUUGUGUGGUUUGGUCAGUGACGGUGGUGUGCACUCGCAUAUCGAGCAUUUAUUCGCGUUAAUCACCGCGAUCAAGGAGUUGAAAGUACCGAAAUUGUUUAUCCAUUUCUUCGGUGAUGGUCGUGAUACAAGUCCCACUAGUGGA